AGAGAGGAAGGAUCCGAGUGCCAAAGGAGGGGGGGGGGAAAAGUAUGUGGAACAACAUGGCGAACUUUUAAUAAACGGAGCUAGAAUCCGGGGAGCCGGGAGGCCGGCUGCAUUGGAGAAGCUUUUGUGCGGCUGGAUGGGGAUAUUCGCUGGUGUUGGGACCGGCCAGUGAGUCCCCAGCAGCAGCACCAUGGAAGCAGGCAGCAAGAGAGAGAAGAGUUCCGUCUUUGAAGAAAGUUUAAUGCGCAGAAUUUCUGGCAGCAGCAGCGUGCACACGCUGAGCAAAGCGGCUUUCAUUGAGAAAGUCCGAGAAAGUAAUGCAGCAUGUCAGAGUGGAGAUUUCACCACUGGCGUCCAACUCUACACAGAAGCUAUAGCAGCUGAUCCUCAGAACUGUAUCCUGUACAGCAACCGAUCAGCUGUUCUGGUGAAACUGAAUGAAUAUGAGAAGGCCCUGGACGAUGCAGUUAAAGCACGACUCCUGAACCCAAAGUGGUCAAAGGCAUACUUCCGACAGGGUGUCGCUCUCCAGUAUCUCGGCCGCCAUGCAGACGCACUGGCUGCAUUUGCAUCUGGGCUGGCCCAGGAUCCGAAAAGCUUGCAACUGCUGGUCGGGAUGGUGGAAGCUGCCAUGAAGUCUCCACUGCGAGAAUCCCUGGAACCAACCUAUCAGAAGCUACAGAAAAUGAAGUUGGAGAAAAGCCCCUUUGUGGUCGUAUCUGUCAUUGGCCAGGAGCUUUUGACAGCAGGACAUCACAGUGCAUCUGUAGUUGUUCUGGAGGCUGCCCUGAAAAUUGGAACGUGCAGCUUGAAACUUCGUGGGUCAGUGUUCUCUGCUCUAAGCAGUGCUUACUGGGCAUUAGGGAAUACAGAGAAGAGUAUUGGCUAUAUGCAGCAGGACUUCGAUGUAGCCAAGACUUUAGGUGACCAUACGGGCGAGUGUCGAGCCCAUGGUAAUCUGGGAUCGGCAUUCUUCUCCAGCGGCAACUACCGAGAGGCCCUAAACAACCACCGUCUCCAGCUAGUGCUGGCCAUGAAGCUAAAAGAUCGUGAGGCAGCCUCUUCAGCACUGAGCAGCCUUGGUCAUGUCUACACAGCUAUCGGAGACUACCCAAAUGCACUGGCCAGUCACAAACAGUGUGUCCUUCUUGCUAAACAAUCCAAAGACGAACUCUCGGAAGCCAGAGAGCUAGGCAAUAUGGGAGCUGUUUACAUAGCAAUGGGUGACUUUGAAAAUGCAGUACAGUGUCAUGAACAGCACCUCAGAAUUGCAAAGGAACUGGGCAACAAGCGAGAGGAAGCACGGGCUUACAGUAACCUCGGCAGUGCCUAUCACUACAGGAGGAACUUUGACAAAGCAAUGUCCUAUCAUAACCAUGUGCUGGAAUUAGCACAGGACCUAGAUGAGAAGGCAAUUGAAAUGAGAGCAUAUGCAGGGCUGGGUCAUGCAGCGCGAUGCAUGCAGGAUUUGGAGAGAGCAAAGCAGUACCAUGAGCAACAAUUGAAUAUUGCAGAGAACCUGAAGGAUCGUGCAGCAGAAGGACGGGCCUCCUCUAAUCUUGGUAUCAUUCACCAGAUGAAAGGGGAUUAUGAAACUGCACUGAAACUCCACAAGACCCACCUCUCCAUUGCUCAGGAGCUCAAUGAUUAUGCUGCGCAGGGAAGAGCCUAUGGGAAUAUGGGCAAUGCCUAUAAUGCCCUGGGAAUGUAUGACCAAGCAGUGAAGUACCACCGCCAAGAACUACAGAUAUCCAUGGAAGUUAAUGACCGGGCAUCACAAGCAUCAACCCAUGGUAACCUUGCUGUUGCAUAUCAGGCUCUGGGUGCCCAUGAUAGGGCUUUGCAGCACUAUCAAAACCAUCUAAACAUAGCACGAGAGCUACGGGAUAUACAAAGUGAAGCCCGGGCACUUAGUAACCUAGGCAACUUCCACUGUUCAAGAGGAGAAUUCAUUCAGGCUGUUCCAUAUUAUGAACAAUACCUACGCUUGUCACCUGACCUACAAGAUAUGGAGGGAGAAGGAAAAGUAUGUCAUAACCUUGGCUACGCCCAUUACUGUCUGGGAAACUACCAAGAAGCUGUGAAAUAUUAUGAACAAGAUUUAGCACUAGCCAAGGACUUGCACGAUAAACUUAGCCAGGCAAAGGCCUACUGUAACUUGGGCCUCGCAUUUAAAGCUCUUGGUAAUUAUGCUAAAGCAGAAGAAAGUCAGAAGUAUGUCCUAUCAUUAGCCCAGUCCCUGAACAACCCUCAAGCCAAAUUUAGAGCUUUAGGCAACCUAGGUGACAUCUUCGUGUGCAAGAAAGAUGUGAAUGGUGCAGUUAAGUUUUAUGAACAGCAGCUGACUUUGGCUCAUCAGGUUAAAGACCGGAAACUUGAAGCCAGUGCUUAUGCCGCUCUGGGUACUGCAUACAGACUAAUACAGAAAUAUGACAAAGCAUUAGGAUAUCAUACACAAGAGCUUGAGGUCUAUCAAGAACUGAGUGACUUGCUGGGAGAGUGUAAAGCACAUGGUCACCUUGCAGCAGUCUACAUGGCACUUGGCAAAUAUACCAUGGCCUUCAAAUGUUAUGAAGAGCAAUUGGAGUUGGGACAGAAGCUAAAAAAUCCCAAUAUUGAGGCACAAGUUUAUGGCAAUAUGGGAAUCACCAAAAUGAACAUGAAUGUAAUGGAAGAUGCUAUUGGCUACUUUGAGCAGCAGCUCGCGACAUUGCAACAGUUGAGUGGGAAUGAUGCCGUUUUGGAUAGAGGACAUGCCUAUGGAAAUCUGGGAGACUGCUAUGAGGCAUUAGGAGAUUACGAAGAAGCUGUCAAAUAUCACGAACAGUAUUUAUCAGUGGCUCAGAGUUUAAAUCGGAUGCAAGAGCAAUCCAGAGCCUAUCGGGGACUUGGAAAUGGGCAUCGGGCAAUGGGGAACCUUCAGCAAGCUCUUGUGUGCUUUGAAAAGAGAUUGGUAGUAGCCCAUGAACUUGGAGAAUCAUCCAACAAAGCCCAGGCUUAUGGGGAGCUUGGCAGCCUGCAUAGCCAGCUAGGAAACUAUGAACAGGCAAUUUCGUGUCUUGAGCGCCAACUAAACAUUGCCCGCGAGAUGAAGAAUCGGAUUCUGGAGAGUGAUGCAGCCUGUGGUCUUGGUGGAGUUUACCAACAGAUGGCAGAAUAUGAAACUUCACUGCAGUACCAUCAGCUUGAUUUAGAGAUUGCCGAGGAAACCAAUAACCCUACAUGUCAAGGUCGUGCCUAUGGUAACCUUGGAUUGACUUAUGAAUCUUUAGGAAAUUAUGAACGAGCUGUAAUGUAUCAGGAGCAGCACCUGAGUAUUGCUGCCCAGAUGAAUGACUUAGUAGCCAAAACUAUCGCAUACAGCAGCCUGGGGAGAACACACCAUGCCUUACAGAAUUAUUCGCAGGCUGUCAUGUAUUUACAGGAAGGACUUAGGCUGGCAGAGCAGCUUGGCCGCAGAGAGGAUGAGGCUAAAAUCAGACAUCGACUGGGCCUUUCGCUGUGGGUCAGCAGAAACCUCGAAGAGGCGCAACACCAGCUUUAUAGAGCAUCUGCCUUAUUUGAAAACAUACGUCAUGAAGCACAGCAUAGCACUGAUUAUAAGCUUUCCUUGUUUGACCUUCAAACGUCAUCCUAUCAAGCUUUACAACGUGUGUUGGUUAGCCUGGGUCGUCACGAUGAGGCAUUGGCAGUAGCAGAGAGGGGAAGAACAAGGGCAUUUGCUGAUCUCUUAGUAGAAAGGCAAACUGGACAGCAAGAAUCCGAUCCAUUGACCCCUGUCACUAUUGACCAGAUUUUGGAGGCUAUCAAUAAUCAACGUAGUCUGGUGCUGUACUAUUCACAAGCAGCUGGAUACCUCUACAGCUGGUUACUCGCACCAGGAGCAGGCAUAUUAAAGUUUCAUGAAUGCUAUUUGGGUGAUGGCCUGGCAGAAAACAAUGAUUUGAAUGAGACAAGCAGCAUCAACAUGCAGGCUUCCAGUUUCUCUACCCUCGAACAGUACGUGACCAAUGUUCGAGAAGCUCUCGGUGUUGACUCCUACUAUACCAGUAGGAUGUGUGCGAACAGUGAGACAGAGAGUGAGGCUGGAGAUCUUCUUGACCAACAGUUUGAAGAGAUGAACAAUAAACUGACUUCCAUCACUGAUCCAACAGGAUUCCUUAGGAUGGUCAGCAGGAACAAUCUCUUUAACAGGAGCUGCCAAAGUAUGACUAGUCUGUUCAGCAGCAAUACAUCAGGCCUUCAAGAUUCCACUUCAUCGUUGCCUCGUAAACAGAACUCGGUUGAUAAGCAACCUCUUCGUGCUCUCUAUGACCUCCUCAUCUCCCCAAUGGAAGGGGGACUAAUGCAUUCCAGUGGACCCGUCGGCCGACACCGUCAGCUUGUGUUAGUCCUGGAAGGGGAAUUAUACCUCAUUCCAUUCGCUCUACUGAAAGGGAGCUCUUCAAACGAGUAUCUCUAUGAACGGUUCAGUAUCAUCGCUGUUCCCUCAAUCCGGGCUCUUCAAGCAAGCCCCAGGUCCCAUCUUCGAAAGAGCACAUCUGUGUGCAGCUCCUCUACCUCAAUGGCAGCUGUGAUAGGUAAUCCCAAACUUCCGUCAGCAGUAAUGGACCGGUGGCUCUGGGGGCCCAUGCCGUCUGCUGAGGAAGAGGCCUACAUGGUUUCAGAGCUGUUGGGCUGCCAGCCCUUGGUAAGCACGGCAGCUACCAAAGAAAGGGUGAUGACCGUGCUCAGUCAGGCAGAAUGCAUUCAUUUUGCAACCCACAUCUCCUGGAAACUAGCUGCUUUGGUCCUCACGCCGAAUAAUGAAGGAAGCAGCAUUGGCGGGAAGAGUUCUUUUGGAAACAGUUACACGAUUCCAGAGUCUCUGAGGAUGCAAGAUGAUGCUAGUGACGUGGAGAGCAUAACUGACAGCCCACCACUGCAAGAGUUCUUAUUGACAGCAGCUGACAUCUUGGAAUUGCAUCUCCCUGUCAAGCUGGUCGUUCUUGGCUCCUACCAAGAGUCGAACAACAAAGUAACAGCAGAUGGCAUUAUUGGGCUGACCCGAGCCUUUCUAGCUGCGGGAGCACACUGCGUUUUGGUUUCUCUUUGGCCGGUUCCCGUGGCUGCAUCCAAGAUGUUUGUCCACACCUUCUACUCCUCUCUGCUCAAUGGAAUGAAAUCCAGUGCAGCGCUUGGAGAAGCCAUGAAGAUUGUGCAGAGCAGCAAGCAGUUUGCACAUCCUUCAAACUGGGCAGGAUUCACGCUGAUUGGUAAUGAUGUUAAAUUGAACAGCCCGUCAUCUCUUAUUGGUCAGGCACUGUCUGAAAUCCUCCAACAUCCUGACCGUGCCCGAGAUGCUCUCCGUGUCCUGCUGCACUUGGUGGAGAAGUCCCUCCAGCGAAUACAGAAUGGCCAACGGAAUUCUAUGUACACCUCCCAGCACAGUGUAGAGAACAAAGUGGGUGGCGUCCCAGGUUGGCAGUCACUUCUAACUGCAGUAGGAUUCAGGCUUGACCCUCCGGCCAGUGGACUUCCAGCUGCUGUCUUCUUUCCAGUGUCAGACCCUGGCGAUCGGCUUCAACAGUGCAGCACCACGCUCCAGUCACUCCUAGGGUUGCCUCAUGCUGCACUGCAAGCUCUCUGCAAACUUAUAACCGCUUCAGAAACAGGAGAACAGCUUAUUAAUCGGGCUGUAAAAAAUAUGGUUGGAAUGCUUCAUCAAGUACUUGUUCAGCUUCAGACCGGAGAGAAAGAACAGGAUUUUUCUUCAGCUCCUAUUCAGGUGUCAAUAAGUGUGCAGCUCUGGCGACUGCCAGGAUGUCAUGAGUUCCUGGCAGCAUUAGGUUUUGAUCUGUGUGAGGUGGGGCAAGAGGAAGUGGUGUUGAAGACGGGCAAACAGGCAAACAGAAAAACCAUGCACUUUGCUCUCCAGUCUUUGCUUGCUUUGUUUGAUUCCACAGAACUGCCUAAACGACUCAGUCUCGACAGCUCCUCAUCUCUGGAAUCUCUGUCCUCUUCGCAAUCAGUUUCCAACCCAACAGGACAGCUAAACCCACCAUUUUCUCCCACUUAUGGAGAUUCCAUGGCUUCAGAUGCCAUUUCUGUCUACAGCCUCAGUUCCAUCGCCUCCUCCAUGAGCUUUGCUUCAAAGACCGAUGUGACUGGUGAGGGAAUACUGCAAAAGGGGCGACAGGACUAUGAGAGACCCAAGAACACUUACCCACACAAGGCCACCAUGCUGCGUAGUAGAUCUUCUCCACAGGCAAAUAACACAAGCCGAGAUGAAGAGGAGUAUGAUGGAUUCUCCAUCAUUAGCAGUGAGCCUUUAAGUGUCUACACUGACACUGUCAGUGUAUCUGCCUCACCAAACAAAGAGAGGACUACAGAGCAGGUAGAACACUGCCAUAAUUUUGGGGACAGGCACACGUUCAAAGACAGUGCCAGUGCUUCCAAUUCUCCCGUUAAAAUAACCCUCAUUCCUAGUCCAAACUCGCCAUUUCAGAAGGUGGAAUCCAGAAAUAAACUUCCAAGUUCAGAUACGGGAGAAUCAGAUCAGUCCAGCACAGAAACAGAUAGCACGGUUAAAUCCCAGGAGGAUAAAGUGACUAAACUUAAUCCUCAGGAGCUGGCACAAAAGAUUUUGGAGGAAACUCAAAGCCACUUGCUUGCUGUUGAGAAACUGUAUCAAAGUGGUGGAUCAGCAAGCAAAACUGAUUCGGCUGACGUGGACCAUGGCGUAACAGGGCAUCACGGUUCUUCAGUUUUUAAAUCUUCAGAUACAAGUGCAUUCAGUAGGCCACAGAAUGGUACUGGGCAGAAAAAGCAGUCUUCUCCAAUAACUACAAAACCAAAGCCUCCAACUCGGAGCUCAUCACUUCAGAAGGUGAACUCAGGAAGCAACACACCUACCAGUGACAGCAUUGAAGUAGGUCAGUCAGCGGGAGACUGCUAUUCUAAAGGGGGCGAGAGCAGACAAAUCACAGCACCUCCUUCACCCAUUGGGGAUUUGCGCCAGUCCCCUGGCUCUUCGCGCCAGUCCCCUGGCUCUUCGCGCCAGUCCCCUGGCUCUUCGCGCCAGUCCCCUGGCUCUUCGCGCCAGUCCCCUGGCUCUUCGCGCCAGUCCCCUGGUUCUUUGUCUGAUCAGUCACCAAUCAAGAUCAAAUAUCCCAGCUCCCCUUACAGUGCUCACAUCUCCAGGUCUCCAAGCUCAGGCCACCAGUCUCCAGCUGGGAGUAACCCAUCUCCUGCCCUUUCAUACUCAUCGGCAGGCUCAGCGCGCUCGAGCCCAGCUGAUAUCCCGGAUCUGAGCAAAUUGAAAAUGACUGCCAUUGACGAGAAGGUCAAGGCUGUCCACAACCUCAAAACCUUUUGGACUAGUGCAACACAGCCUUCAUCCAGACCUGUUCGAGCUGUGCCAUCCAACCCUGCUCUUCUAGGUUCCAAAGCUGAUGCUCUAAGUUAUUUGAAUCUUUCACCAGCCAGACGCAGCAAGAAGGAAGGAAAGGAGGAUAACCUUGAACUUAAGGAGUUUUCCAAGCUCCCAUACACAGACAAGAAAGCCCAGAAUGGGCGAGGGGGUUACCAGGAGACCAACAAACCAACAGAAACAAUGCAGCCACCAAGUAGCACUCAGAGAGAAGCUCGCCCAUUGAGAUUCCCAUCUGGGAAUGGUUAUAAAUUCCUAUCUCCAAGAAAAUUCUUUCCCACCUCAAAGUGCUGAAAUGACUCCAACCAGACAGAAAAAUUUUUUGAUUGCCCAUUUGACCUUGUGGGACUAGCAUGUGUAAGCCAAUUGUGUUGGACAUGCGCUGUUUGUAAACAGAACCCAUGUGUUGCGUGAACAGUACUAAAAUUUUUAUACUGUUAAAGGAAAAAAAAAGCAAAAAAAAACUACUGUGUAAAAAUGUCAUAUUUUUAUUGAAUCAAAAAGUGGCAUUUUGCCUUGUUUCUUAGUCAUUUAAUGAUUGAUAACAAUUUAUAAAUGUCAAAAAUCAAACUUGGAAUGUCAGUCUGCCGUCAGAAGUAUUUGUUGCAAAAAGGAAAUAAACUAGGCUUGUCAGUUUUAGGUCACACCCAAUUUUUAUUGUAAGUGAUUUCCAAAAGAAAAUAGUGCUGUGUUCAAGAAUUUUUUGAUGUCCCGUACAUUGUAAUCUUGCAGCAACAAUGGUAAGCAAUUUAAUUCCUAUUCUGAUCAGAAAGCCUCCUCUGAAGGCUUCAAAACACAAUCACCAAACCCAAUGUAGAUCAGUGAACCAGAGGCAUAGGUGUCUCCUAUGACAACAAAAAUUGAAUUGGUAACAUCCAAAUAGGAAUGUAUUGCAUCAUGCACUCCAUAUUAUCACUUGAGAAUUCUUCAAACUUUUGAUAUAAAAGCGUUUCACCAGCCUUUCCUCCACUCCCACACGUUAACUGUUCCUCAGUAAGUCCAUCCAGUGCUGCAGUGUAAUGAACAGGCCUUCUUUAAUGCACUUCACUGGCACAGGUGAAGGCUUCUACUAAAUGUUCCAAGUGAAUUUGAGAUGUGGCCUGUGGGUGUAUGACUGCCAGUUGAGGCUGAGGUUCAAUUCUGGAUUGUUUAUUCGGAGCCCACAAUCUUCGAGAUGAAAAUUCCGAUGUAGACCUUUGCUGAAAUACGGAUGUGGAUUGUGGACCAUAGUCCAUUGCUAAAAGCAGAAACGCACUUUUUUAUCUUAUGGUGUGAUGGCGUUAGUGAUCAAGAGCUUCAAUCUGUUAUUAUCAGCAACAAAGCAAAUCUCAGAAUUACAUCUAUGGUGCUGUUUCCUCCUUGGACCUACUGCAUCCUCUGGUUUGCCACUUGACAUAAAAUAACAAAUUUGCAACUCUAGUUUUGUGAUUUCUGGUUGCCUCAAUAUUUCGUUGCUUGGAGAAAUUGCUGUCAGGUUGAUGAGAAACUUAGCAAAUGGUUAUGUUUGUGUGUAUUUUCUGUGUGUGUGUAAGAUUACAUUUAUCCAUAUCAGGAAAGGAAGAAAGGGCAGAGAUGCCUAAAACUUUCAAGCCUAAAAAUAUCAAUAUGCUUGUUAAUGAUAUUCCUUAUGAUUUUUAACAUAAAAUUCAAGAAUAAGUGUUAUGUAAGUUCCAAAGUAAGCAAGGGAAAGAGUGAUGGAUGCAGCAACUUUAAAGUUACUGCUCUGCUUACUUCGUAUUGUGGCAGCUUCUCAUUUCGAUGUGUUCUAUAAUAUGGGCAGGGCCUUUUCAUCACCUUGUGUACUGUAUACGGGGUUGGGGUCCGCAUUACAGUAUUUUUACCAGCUUGUCCUAUCACUCCAGUACCAAUCCACUAUGACCUGCUGCUUCUCUUGAUAAUGAUCUAAUAUCAGUGAGAUAGGUCACUGUACUUUGUUUCAGUGUCUUGCAAGGUUAAUAAUUUUUUUUCAAUUUUCCUCUCAUUUUGAUAUUUUUCUGUAAGAUUUUCUUGAGGGACAUGCAUUUAUACACUAUGAAAGGUUUAUAUGCACAACUUCAAGGAGCACCGAGAGUACCCUUUUGACUGUGAGCUGACUUUGAAACACUAUGCCAUAUCAAUUGUUAAAGUGAAAAGUUCCACUGCCACUAUGCUGCUUGGCUGUGCCUCAAACUUACUCCUGUCUCCUCCAAGCUUCCAUAGUAUUUUGAAAAUUCUCAUCAGCCGCCUGAGCUUUACCUUAAGCAAACUCAAGCUUAUUUAAAAUUCUGCCAUCUGCAUCCUCUUCAGUAUUAACUCCUAGAUCCCAGUCACCUCUCCAUCCUGUUAUCAUGGCACUGCCACCUCCAAUUCCAGUCACCUGUUGUUAUAGCAUGGCUGCCUCCAUCCUUGGUGAAAGCGACUGGUUUCUCAUUUCCCUGAAAUCCCAAAUCCUUGUUUACAAUUUUUGAAUAAUGCACGACAUCCCCAGCACCCCUCCUCACCCCCACCUCCUGCCCUUGGACACAACACACUGCUCUUCUGAAUAUGGAUGACUUUCCUCGCCUUCAUUCUGCUUUACUGUAUUUUUCUCUGCCUUUGGAAAAUUCCUGAAAAUCUACCUCUAUGACCAUGACUUUGGUUACCUUCUACAUCCUGACUCUCAACUCCUUCCUGGUGUCCAUUUCUGUCCCUCACUCCUGCCUUUUGUCAAGUGCCUUGAUACGUUUCAUAACGUUGAAGGUGCUAUCUUAGCGUAAAUUUCUUUUAUUACUUAGAUUUUUAAAAAAGAGAAUUAGCUAUAAUGAACAGGAUUCCUGAUGCUGUUCUAGAAGUGUUUUUAUACUAUUUUAUGAUAUUGUGUGAUGGCAUUUUACUGUAUAAGCCAGCCAAGAUCUUCCUUUCAGUGGUAAUGGAAACUAUUUUCUUUAUAUGGGCUUCCAUUUUUGCCAAUGAAACUACCUCUUCUGGGGAUCCGCUUGGUUUACAGGAGACUAGCAGAGGAAGAUCAUUUGGGCAUGACUUUCACAGGACUUGCACUGCACUGAAACAGAAUGUAAAUGCAUCUUUUGUCUUUUCUAUUUGAAGUCUAUAUCCAGCUUGAAAGUAUUGUAUAUACAAACCUACUUACUGUUUUCCCAUUUCUUCUGCUCAUUCAUACCAACACUUGUGUCCAUUUCCUAGUUUCGAAAUAGUGUGCUUUUUCCAAGCUAAUUGAACAGUUACAAUACAGUGUGUGGACAGAAAGCUAGUUCUGGACAUGAUCAUAAAAAUAUUUAUUUUCGGGUUUACCAUACAGAACAAGAAGGCAAAUUAAGCAUAUUAACAUUUCAAAGCAGGCCACUCAUCAUAAAUACGUCAUAUUGUCAGUUCCAAUGCAGAUUAACAUUUUUGGGUUGGAAGGAUAAAUGAUGGAAAUAGCUGAGGUACUGCGCCUUCUGCUGCCAUCAGCUGCCCUGAAAUUGUUUCUAUGUUUGCCCAUCGAAUAUGCGCACUAUUAACUUUAAUAUAUGCCAGUUUGGCUCAAUGGUAGCCUACUUGCCUUGGCAGUCGAGGGUUAUUUGUUCAAGGCAUCUCCAAAGCAAAAGCACUGAUGUUUGCUCUGAUAUUUGUUGUACUUCUGGAGACACUACCCAAACUGAGAGGCCUUGGUCAAUAGGAAAGCUCUGCAGUUGUUUCAACUCUGAAAUGCAAACAAGAAAUGCUCACCAGGACUGGCAGCAUUUUUGUGGAGAGAAACUGCGUGAGUAGUCAGAAUCUCACUGAGGUUUUGGGAAGCCUCGGCUGCCAGUUGAAGAGGUGGUGAGGGAUCUGUGCGGCCUAAACCAGGGAUGGUGCAUGCUGGACCUUCCACUGGAAUUAAGACCUAAGGAGGGGGAGCAAAAGUUCCACUUGGCAAAGCCAGCUGGGCAGUUAGAGAUCAGCAGCUCUUAAACUCAGCAGCGCCAUGGAGGUGGUUGUGGCUGCUGGUGGAAGAGCAUGUCAAGCCUCCCUGGAUUGCAGGGGACACAGAACAAAGUUGUUCAGUUUCUCUCAUUGGGUAUUGUGAGGAGAGAGGGAUUGUGAGUUGGACACAAGGCUAAGGGGUUGACUAUUGGCAGGCACUGCCUACCUAUGUUAGUCCCCAAGUCAGGAUUAAUGAAUACCCUUCUUGCCUUCUUAUUCAUCACCUAUGAGAACAAAUGUUGCCACCUAGUAUUUCAGUUUUAUGAUCUUUCAUCAGUAUCUUUGAUCUUUAGAAUGUAUAAUAUCCUAGACAGAUCCUUCUGUGUGUUCUGAGCAACAUUUAAUCUUCAGCUGCAUGUGGGACCUCACGUUGCACAAGUUAGCAGCCUCUUUUACCUUUGCAGCAUCAGUGACCUAAUGAUUAGCCAUGUUGGCUGAUGCUGCUCCUAUCCUUUGUUGUUCCGACUCAAAACUUUUGCUUUUUUGUGUGUUUAAAUAAAUGAAGAACUAUAUUUAAACAAAACACUGCAUGACUAAGUGUUGUAGUGCAGGCAUGCAUUGCUUGAUGUUAACUCUGUUUUGCCAGCCCUUUCCCUUUCUUGUUUAUAUUUUCAGGGGCCUUUGAUAUAUGUUCAGUUGAAAUGACUUGAUCGUGAACAUAGUGGCCUUUGUUGUUCUUAUUGUAUUUUGUUUGUUCCCAAGUAACACUUCUGUGUACAUGUCACAUUCCAGAUUAUUGUGGAGAGUCUGGGAAUAACAGAUCAUGUACUUGGAUCAAUCGAUGCAAGAAUUGUUACUGUUCUAAUUUAUGUGUUGAAUGCAUAACCCAGUUAAAUUGUUGGAGCCGAGCAUAACAGUCAUGUCUGGAAGUAUAUGUAUAAAUUGGGUAGCCCAAGCCUGCAACCAGAUGCAGAAUCCCUCUAUUCAGAUACUUGGGAACUGUGGUGAAAACCAGAGCCGAAUAUACUCAGGGAAGUUAUCACUGCAGCAAGGUGUACUCUUUCCAUGAACCUGUGGAGUCUAGCACUACAGUCAGGUGCGGAGACUAUGUACUUUGUCCUGCAGACAAACCUGAUGCCUGUGUAUUUGGCAUUGCAACCCCACCUGAAGUUCCAUGUGCUCAGGAAAAAUAGCACUCUCACUGGAUCAGGACCUUGGAACCCUGACAUGGCAUUGAAAUCAUAAUGCAUGUGUUAAGGUUUGGGCAUUUGUAUGUCAGAUUGGGUGUUAUAUUGUGAUAAUAUUCUGAUAAAAGAUGUGGUGUCUUAAUCCAAGGUUCCGUUACCUGUUUAAUGUGUUCUGCUAUGAUAUUCCCAUUCACGUUUUUGUAACGUGAUGUAGAGUGGAGAAUCUGUAUUUUCCGAACCUUGGGUCCUAUCAAAUGGUUCAUGGUGUUCUUUUCUCAGCCUUGUGUGUCCCUAUGUAAUCCAUUCACCAGAGCAUUCACCUAUUUAAGUCUAUUGUAUUGAUGAACCAAUCCUAGAUAUAUUUGGUACCAUUUCCAUAUCUUGUAGCCAGUCUCCGGAAAAUAACAGAAUAUACAAACGUGUACUUUUUUUUGAAACCAACUGGCAUUAAAUACAAAUUUAGGUAUAUUUUGAGACAAGUUGUGGAAACAACUUUUGUUAAAUGGACAUCAUUUUACAUGAAUGAUAGUUAAGUUAAAGAAUUUUGUUAAUAGUGAAGUCGUACUCCUAAAUAUUCUUAUAGAAUGCAGAGCUAAGAUAGCUGUUGGGUGCAACAUCUUAGUAAGGAAGAAUGGCUUCUAUGAAUAACAACAUGGAUUAAUGUGGAGGAGGUUAAAGUUGGAUCCAUCCUGGUGAUUGUUCUUUUCCUGUCAAUGCUUUUGGUUCUGCUCCAGAAUCUCCAGAGGUCAGGUUUUCAAACCUCUGAUGGUUACUUUGUUGAAGUGAUGAUGCCUGAUUCAAUCUAGCGAGUGAUUCCUGCCAUGACUUUAUUUUGAAAGCAGUUUUUUUUCUCAUCUCUGAUCAGAAAUCAUUUCUCUGUUGUAAUUCCAUGCUUGGAUCAGUGAUUUUAUGACAGUUAUGAUAAUGAUUGAAGGCAACAUUAUUCAGUGCUUCUGUUUUCUUUUAUUAUCUUUUAAGGAGAGUUGCUGAGUGCAAGUUGUGUAAGGCUAUUUCUAUGUGAUAUGAGACACUCCCUCAUAGUUAGUCUAAGCUUGCUGUUGCACUUUACAAUUGGAGGGAAAGCAUCACAAUAAAUGUUUCUAUGGGGUUUAUGGAUUGAGCCAACAGCUUUGGUUCAUUGAGCCCAUCGUCCACCUACUCUGCCAUCAGAAAUCAUCUGCAAGUCACUGUGGAUGACCAGUGCUCAACAAGGAAUGUGGUGUCAGAUUCUCCAACAUCAUCAGGAUUGAAUAAAAUUGCUAUUUAAAUUUGUGCCUAAUAAUAUUCCUGGAGAUUUGACUUUAGACUGAUCUCAUAAAAAUGUUAUGGAAUUUCAGCAAUUAAAGACAAGGUAAAUUGCAAAGGUAUUCGGCCCUAUUCCUGUAGGCUGUUUUUCAAACACACUGAUUUUCUAAUCAACCUGCUCAAACAUCUUAUGACUCACCUCCGGAUGGGUGGGACUUGAACUGAGACCUUCUGACCCAGAGGCAGUGACUCUACACUGUGCAACAAAACCACAGUAAGACAGAGAUAGUAGGAACUGCAGAUGCUGGAGAAUCUGAGAUAACAAGGUGUAGUGCUGGAUGAACACAGCAGGCCAAGCAGCAUCAGAGGAGCAGGAAA